GUUCAUAUAUUUAAUAUGAUUUUGUUUUAGUUUUUUAACACAUAAUCUUUUUUGCAAUUUUGGUUUACUUUACAAUAUAGCUUACAUAUAUUUUGCAACCGUAGUCUUUUGACUUAAUGUUAACCAAGACAUAAACUACUAAAAAAAAUCACUGACAUACUAAUAGAAUAAGUGGAAGAUGCAGAAACUGAUGUGUUAAGGUGUGGAAUGAAGCAGCAGUAUAACAGUAAAGCAAAUGAGAUUUAAUUUAUCUUCUCAUCACAUCACAAGGAGAAGGGUGGAUGUAAUUUUCUACAAGGAAAUGAGCACCAUGUUUACUUUGCAGUGCUGCAUGUGUUUUUGUGAAAAAAUAAUGAACAAAGAUAUAGAUAGCGUUACAGACUGAUUUCAUUAACAAUCUGAGGAAUUAAUAGCUGAUGUAGGGUAUGAUGUGAUAUUAAGCAAAGAUGUUUUUGCAAAGACUAAACAACUAUAAACAUUUUUUUGAUCUGAUGUCGUGCAAAGUAUUCAAAAAAUGGACUGGUUAAUUUGCUUCUACAUUUAAUUUGAGCAAUCAAAAACAUCUUGACUUGUUAAUUAUUCAUAUAAAUAGAUGACAGUUCGCAUUUGUGAUGCAGAUGGUAUGUAUAAAAGUAUUAGGCAAUGCCAAGAUAUUGUGACUAAAAUAUUUGGAUGUCAUGUAAAAUUUAUCUUACUAAAGAAUACAACAGGUGACUAUACUCGCAUGGUAGUUUCUUCACAUGAUUUAUUCAACUUUCUUCAACCUAAAUGCGAUGUGUUAAAGUUGAUGAUUUGUUUUUUGAAAAAUCAUGUUGCUGUUACUAUGGAUGGCGGUUUAUUUACAUUUCUCAUGUCUUCAAAUUUAGUUUUAAAUUCACAUUCUCUGCCUUAUUUUGAGCUUUCAAAUGACAAAAAGUAUCUCCUUUCUGAAAUUAGACAGUUUUUAAACACCAUCAACAUCUUCAUUGACAUAAGUAAAUUUAGCGAUGUUCAAUCAAUCAUUAAAACCAUCUUAAUGCCUAAGAUUAUGCUCAGUUGCAUGGAUUUAGAUCAUAUAUGUAUUCUUUACACAACAUCAUUUGCUAGCACCAUGAAAAAAGAAGACAUAAAAGUUGUCCGUGUAAUAUCCAAGAUAAAAGAUAGUUGUAUUUAUGAUGGUUUUUUGUUGCCUGUUGAAAGUUAUUUUGAUGAUGCUCUGUUAUCUACAAAGUUAACUUUGCGUGUUUGUUUGGUCAAUGUAUCACUUUCAAUAGACAGUGAAGAGCUUUUAGGGGAGAAAAAGGAAAGCAUUAUUGUAGCUUCUAGAAUGAAAACUAAAGAAGAGAUUUUAAAUUUUUUGUGCAAAUUUUGUUACAAUUUUUCGAAACAAGCUGAUGUUUUGAUUUGUCAAAAAGUUGUUCACCCAAAAGUAAAAUAUUUAUUGAAGCAAAAUAAUGUAAUUUGUGUUGAUCGAAUUGGAAGUAUUGCACUCUCAUCAUUGCAAUCCUUAUUCAAUUGCAAAGUUAUGUCAACAUUAAUGCUUACAGAUUUUGCACAAUAUAUUUCAGUAAUGAAUGAUUUUAAGUUUUUAAAUUUGAACAAUCGACACUUUAUACAAAUUACAUCAACAAGUUCAACAUCAAAAACACUGUUAUUGUGUGCAGAAAAUGAUGAAGAACUUGAUACAUUGGCUCAAUGUUUUGAAGUAUCCAUGGCCUUGUUGCAAGGUUUAGCAGUUCAACCACAGGUAGUUUAUGGUGGAGGAUGUAUUGAAACCAUGAUUGCAAUGCAUUUAUUAUACUUGCGUACCAAAAAACUAAAAAUUUCCUGUACUAAUAAUCUGUGGAAAGUUGUUGAUGUUGUUGUAAAAUCUUUUUUAAGUGUAGCUUUAGCUAUUGAUAACGAACAUGAAAUUCUUGAAAAUUUUAUUGAUGAUUCAUUUCAUCACCAUUGGAUUAAUCCUAAAUUUCGAACAAGAUGUUGUUGUGGUUCAAUCAAUAGCAAUAUUGACAUUAAUUUUAUACCUUUUAUUGAACUGAUUAGUUCUGGAAAUAUUAAUGAAAAAAUUAUCGAAGCUAAAACAAUAAACUUGGUUUCUUAUGCUGACAUUGUAAUCCAUCCAUCAGAAGUUUUCUUACGCAAUCUUGAAGCUUCUGUUACACUAUCAGAUAUUGUGUCGCACAUAUCUUUCCAAAUUUUGCAAAUCUAAUAAAUUAGUUUUUAUUUAGUGAAUUGUUUAAACUUUUGUAAUUUUAUCAUUAAUUUUAUAUUUUUGUAAAAGUGUUGUGUAUUUUUAUAGUAUUGUUAUUUAUUGUUUAAACUGUUUUGUCUUUUUGCUAUGGUUUUAUGAUAUAUGGCAGGGAUGUACACUCGUGGUCGCCCGGUGGCACCAGGCGACUGAAUAUUGUGAAGCGCAAGUCAAAAUAUUUUUUUUAUGCAAUUAAGUCGCCCGAAAAGGUGACUAUUGAUUUUUAUCGGCAGUUCUAUUUUUUUGUGUGUGUAAUUUAAGAGAUUUAAAAUAUGCAAAGUAACUAAUGCAAUAAGUAACUAAAAUAAUAAAACUCUAUUUUAAAAGUCAUAAUGCUAAAGUUUGUUUACCGCAUUUUCUAUUGUUAAUUAGAAAAUACAAGUAAAAUAAAAACAAAAAAGUUUUAUCGUUUAAACAUUCUUUUUUUUUAUUUAAUUAAAUUUUAGAGAUAUGUAAUAAUUUAAAAGAUAAGUAAUAGAAGUAAAUUUGUCCAGUUUGUCGAAAUUCCACAUAUACUGAAAAAAAAAAAAUUUAAAGAAAUGACUAAUGACUCUAGAUUGCGUCUAGAAAGGCAUUUUAGUUAGUACUUUAAAAACUAGUUACUACUGAUCAUUAGAAAUUUAGUUCAAUUUACGCCAUAAAAAUUACAUUUUAAAUUACAAAUAAAUUCUAAUCCUGCAAUUAUUGUGAGACCAGACAAUCUCCAAUUAUUUAAAAACAAUUUAUUUAACCAUCAAACGUAUAUUAUUUUAAACUAUCUCUAAAAUCGGUUUAAAUAGAGUAGAUAGUUAUUUCAGUUUCAAUCAUUUUCUUUGCAAUUUGAUUAUUAAGUUGAGUCUAGAAGACUUUGCAAGUUGAUUAUUAAGUUGAGUCUAGAAGACGAAGGAAUUAGUACAUAUAGAAGAUGAAAUACCUCAACUAUUUAGCGAUAGUGGCAACGAAUGCAAUUUUGAAGGUUUCCUAAGUGAAGAAGAGCCAGACGACUACAAUAAUGAACUAAUAUUACAUGCAAAAAAUAUACCGCCUCUAAUGGUAGGUUUAAUUACGGAUGGCACUAAUGUUUUAACUGGACGGAGACAUAGUGUUCAGCAACAGCUAGUAGGUGCAACUAUUUUCUCACUUACAUUGUUUGUCGCACCGAUUGCAGCUGGCACUGAAUGAUGCAGCCAGCACUUCAAAGGAACUCCAAAUUCUGCGGCUAUUUUGUGAGCAACUCUUCAUUUUUCAUCGAAAUUCUACUUUUAUAUCAGUGGUUUAUUGUAACGCAUGCAAAGUUUAUGGUGUAAAAGGUUAGCACAAAAAAAAAAAUGUUUCAACGUAUGAAGGUAAGUCUUCGCUCAAGCAAUUUAGAAAGAUUCGAAGAAAAUCCAGACUCUGGUUUUUACUGGAACAAGCGCUCGAUAUAUGGGAUUGUAAAUUUGCAUGAAGUGAUAAAAUAUGAAGAUCGAGUUUUUAUUGCUAUAUCCAUGCAAAAGUGCAUUUUGAAACGAUGUUCAAAUGUAUCAGAUGUCUUUGCGGAGGCGGACGAGUUGCUUAACACAGUUGAAUGGACGGAGAGCGACUUUUUCACGGCUGAAAAAAACAAAAAGUUACAUAAAAACAUGCUAGACAAUAACAUAAAAGCCCUUAUUGACGACGAUAUGCUUUGCAACAACUCAAAUAUAAACGAGUAGAUGUUGGAAAUAUUUUAUCAGAGUGGAUAAUAUUGAAGAAAAUAAUAGCAACUUGGACAAGUACAAGUUCAAAAUCAUUUCCAACGCUAUCUUGGUCACAAAUAGUGACUAAUAUCAAACCAGAUAAAUUCGCUAAUCUUUUUUCUCUGAUUGAUUUUUUAUUUUGCCUUAGCUUAAGUUCGGCAGACGCAGAAAAAGGCUUUAGCGCAAUGAAAAACAUUAAAUCAAUUCAAAAAACACGAGUCAGUAACAAGUAAUUAACAAUGCGAUUGCGCAUCAAGAUUGGUCCAGAAAUGGAAUUAUACGAUCCAACAAAAGCCAUUAAACACUGGCUUUCAAAGCCAUCACGAAAAAAUUAAACUAGCAUCAAUCAAAAAAGCUUUACAUGGACAACAAAACUCCAGUUGUGUCAGUUAAAAAGUCAAAGAAAAUACAUAUUUUUGCUAGUAGCGAUGAUGAUAGUGAUAGAGCUGUAACAAUUGAUGACGAUAUAUAAUAAUUUUGAAUCUUGAAUGUUUUUUACCUUUUAAAAUAUAAAUAGUUUUUCUUGUAACAAAUAAGAUCGUAAUAAUUACAACACAUUAAAAGCAAAGGGUUUUAAAGUAUUUGUACAUUGUUUUUUAUAUUUGUCAACAGUUUUUUGUUGUAA